GACAGGAAGUGCACUUAAAUGUCACUUCCGGUACUUCAAGGCGGGCAAUUUUGAAACUAGCUACUCUUAAGUUAUCCAGUCGUAAUUUUGCAUUACAUCGAUUUUGCAUUAGUUAUUAGUUGCCUAGUUAACUUGUGUGAUAUAUUUAUUUGCUAACUAAAUAAUUGUUUUUUUUCUCAUUUCGUAAGUUAGCUAGCUUGUUGUCGUUAGCUACUAGCCAGCUAACGUUAAUGUGCAGUCUUGCUAGCUAGCUAACCAGCCACCGAAUUAAUGUAUUAGUAAAUAAGUUGGACAAACGGCAAGGAUGAGCAACGAGACACCUCAAACAUUUUUGUCUGAUUCUACCAGCCAACCACGAAGGAGGUCAGCGCGGUUGACCUCUCCAAAUCAAAAUGUCCCCAACUCGGCUCCUACAAACGCCAUGAAACGCAGCAUCACUGUGAGGAAGAUUGCACCCAGGAAAACACAAUUCAAUGUACUCUCAAAUGACAACAAAGAAAAUGAACAAAGAUUGUCUGAAGGCAGUCAGAAGAAGACCAAAAUUUCUACCCCAGGACCUGCCCAGGUUCCUCCACCAAAAGCCACCAUGCUCUCCCCGAUCUUGGCUCCCUCACCACCCUGUCCCCAGGCUGCAGCGGACCCUGAGGACUCGGCAUGGUCACAGAAGGUGCGUCGGUCCUACAGCCGCCUAAGCCUAGGGGAUAGUUCGUUUGAGCAUCCGCAAGGCCAGGCCGUGUCCUCCCCAUCUCCUCUGCGUCGGGAGACCAUGUUUGGGUUUGAGAAGCUUCAGACACCCCAGGUUAUCCGCAAAGUGGAGCAGUCCAGGGUGGGCCCUGAGGCCUCCAGGUCUCUCAGUGGGGUCAGCUCCUUCACCCUGCUAGAAGGGGACGACAGUGCUGCCACUGCUCCCGACCCUGAGCCAGAUGUCAACAUCCCUGGAGUCGCUAUGGUAAAGGAGAAGAGGAGGAGGAGGAAGAAGGUUCCUCAACUAAAACUGGCAGAGCUUGAUGACCUUGCGGCAAAGAUGAAUGCAGAGUUUGAGGAGGCGGAAGGAUUUGAUUUGGUGGUGGAAUAAACUCAUAGGUCAUCCACAAAGACUUCGACAUGUAACUACAAAGCCUUUUUGCCAAGAUUGGAGAAAGUACACGUUUGUAAUUUCUAUGAUUGAAUUUCAAAGGCAAUGAGGCGUUAAAGUAGUUGAUAUUUGCAUGAAUAUGGCACCUAUGGGAACAACAAACAUAGGAUUACCUUACAAUACAGAGAUGUAGAUAGGCUUUUUCACCGUUCUAAAUGUGAGAUUGGUUUCAAAACUGACCUAAUGCGAGUUGUGUAAUCUUAAAACCGGAUUCUAUCUUCACUGAUGUUCCUGUCACUUUGAUAGGUUUAAUGAUAUUUCUUUUCUUUUUGAGACUACAACUUCAUUAGGUCACAGGGACAUCAUCUUGUGUUGAUGAGCACCCUUUAUAUUUUAAAUGAUUGUUAAAUCAUUGUAAAUUGGAUUACAGACAGCGGGUGUGUUUUAACCUGUAAGACGUAUUUACAAAGCAUAUUCUGUGAUGUUGAGAUUACAGCUGUUUGUUUUUUGUUUUUUACUUUGUUAGUUUCCUAAGUGUUAGAAUUUGGGACAGAAGAUGUCCAAACUAAUAAUCUUUAUCAUGGCAGCUUGUCAUGUCCUACAAUGAUUUCAGAACUUGUGCUUUUGGAUUUGAUUGAACCUGCAUGUCAUGCAUCCACCAAUCACAUUUGUUCCCUAGAGGGUGCUCUCACCCUCUCAUUGUGGCUUCUUCAUCACUGUUUUAACAUUUAAAAAAAAAAAUGUAAUUAUCUUUAUUCCUCUCAUAUGAUUGUUUUGAUAUUAGUGAUUAAGACUUUAUCUGAUCACAUGUAUUAUCUGAUCUAAAACACUUCUUCUUAUUGGCUGACUUCUUCUCCGUGACCGACUCCAGUAUAUCCUAUGGUUGAAGAGGUCUCUUCCUGCAUUUUUUUGUUGUUGUUGUAAGGACUAGCAUAUAGUUGUGUUGCUUUUUGCGAAUUUCUGUUUCAUGAAUAUAAUAAAUAGUUUGAGCUAA